AUGGCAAAGAUCAUUGCUCUUCUUGGUCCAUCUCCUAGAGCGAGUGUUAAUAUGGAAAAUCAUAAUCAAUCUUGCACGGCUGUUCCACAAACAGCUCCUGGGCCCAAUGUAUGCAUGGGAGGUCCUAGUCAAAAUGAAACUUUUUUCCCCCAAAAAAAUCUCCGGCAUGAUGAUGGGUAUGAGUAUGAGCCUUAUGUCAAUGACGAUCUAGUUGCCAAUUUUGGUGAUAAUGAUGAAAGAGUUGAGGGGUGCAGUAGUUCUGAUGAUAACUCCGAGGAUCGGUUGUCGAUGCUACCUGUGGAGCAAGUAGAUAAUUUAAAUAAAAAUCCUGGGACGUUGACAAUUUUUGUCACUGAGGAGGAUCGGUUCAAAUAUUGUGUUUUCUCACUCGAAAUUAGUAGAAGAGGGUUUCGUACACAUCGUCCUGUGUUAUGUGUGGACGACACCUUUUUAAAGACAAAAUAUGGUGAGCAGAUAUUAUAUGCAGUCCCACUGGAUGCAAAUAACCAUCUGUAUCCAGUUGCAUUUGGUAUUAUGGAUAGUGAGAAUCAUGAUUCUUGGAAGUAUUUCAUGUCAAAUCUAAAGGAAGCGAUUGGGGAAGUUGAGGACCUAGUGUUUGUAUCUGACAGGCAUGCAAGUAUUACACAUGCCUUGGAAACUAUCUUCCCAGAUGCCUAUCAUGGUGCUUGCUACCACCACAUUAGUAUGAAUGUGGUUGCUGAAUUCAAGACUGGUCAUUGUCAUGUGUUGAUGUAUAAUGCGGCAUAUGCUUUUAGGAAAUCCGAGUUUCACUCUCACUUUGAAAAAAUCAAAUCAAAAGACCUAGUUAUUGCUCAAUACCUAGAAGGCAUGUGUUUCGAUAAGUGGUCCCGUGCUUACUUUCCUGGAAAUAGGUAUAAUAUAAUGAUAAUAAAUUACGCUGAAAGUUUCAACAAUAAGACCCAGGACGCUAGGAGCUUUCCGAUAACUACAUUCGUCGAAUUUAUUCGCUUCACACUGCAGUCUUGGUUUUGUGAUAGGAGAGAAAAUAGCGAGAAGACAACUACAACUCUUCCACCAACCUAUGAGAAAGAUUUGGUGGAUAUGGUUGAGAAAGCUCAAUUCUUGACCCCUUAUGCAAUAGGGAGGCAUGAGUUCCAUGUGUUAGAUGGUGAGCUGAAUGGUGAAUGGAUUGUUCCACAUGACAUUAUGACAAUAAAAGUGAGAACACUUACGCAAAAAAAUCUGGUUGGUAGUCCAAAGAAGAAACAAGGUAGGCCUAAGAAGAAACGCCAUCCUUCCAAUGCAGAGAAAGUGGUUGUAGGACACAAGUGCAGCAUAUGUGGAGGUCUAGGCCAUAAUAGGGCAACUUGUAAAGUUUGA